AUGGAUGCACAGCACUGCAAAAUGAAUGGCGACCCUUUCCAGGAAUCUAUGUACAUUGAAGAGUCCUCAAAUAAAAAUGGUGUGAUUUCUUUGAUUUUCUCUCUGAAAGAAGAAGUUGGGGCACUGGCUAAAGUUCUGCGCACAUUUGAGGAAAAAGGUAUAAACCUGACCCACAUUGAGUCUCGACCUUCCCGUCUCAACAAAGAUGAGUACGAAUUCUUCAUUAACUUGGAAGGCAAGAAUGUCCCAGCGCUGGACAAGAUCAUCAAGUCCUUGAGAAAUGAUAUCGGAGCAACAGUCCACGAGCUUUCACGAACAAAGAAGAAGGACACUGUGCCAUGGUUCCCAAGAAGUAUCCAGGAGCUGGACAGGUUUGCCAAUCAGAUCCUAAGCUAUGGAGCAGAAUUGGAUGCCGACCAUCCUGGGUUCAAAGAUCCUGUGUACCGGGCCCGGAGGAAGGAGUUUGCGGAUAUCGCCUACAACUACAGACAUGGCCAACCUAUUCCUCGAGUCACCUACACGGAAGAAGAAAAGAAAACAUGGGGCACUGUCUUCAGGGAGUUGAAGAGUCUCUAUCCAACUCAUGCUUGUUAUGAACACAACCAUGUGUUCCCACUGCUGGAGAAGUACUGUGGUUACCGGGAGGACAACAUUCCCCAGCUUGAAGAUAUUUCAAAAUUCUUGCAGACCUGCACUGGAUUUCGCCUGCGUCCUGUUGCAGGGUUGCUCUCCUCUCGGGAUUUCUUGGCUGGGCUGGCGUUCCGAGUAUUUCACUCUACACAGUAUAUUCGCCAUGCGUCCAAACCCAUGUACACACCAGAGCCUGAUAUUUGCCAUGAGCUGCUAGGACAUGUGCCUCUUUUUGCUGAUCCCAGUUUUGCUCAGUUUUCCCAGGAAAUUGGACUGGCAUCUCUGGGAGCUCCGGAUGAUUUCAUCGAGAAACUUGCUACGGUUUAUUGGUUUACAGUGGAGUUUGGACUAUGUAAGGAAGGCGAUUCACUCAAGGCAUAUGGCGCAGGGCUGCUGUCUUCAUUUGGGGAGCUGCAGUAUUGUUUAUCAAGUAAGCCUGAGAUUCAGCCUCUUCUCCUGGAGAAGACUGCUGUGCAGAAGUACCCUGUUACUGAGUUCCAGCCUGUCUACUACGUUGCUGAAAGUUUUCAAGAUGCAAAAGAAAAGCUAAGGAAAUUUGCUCAAACGAUCCCUCGUCCUUUCUCUGUCCGGUACAAUCCCUACACCCAGAGGAUUGAAGUCUUGGACAAUGCAAAGCAGCUGAAGAACUUAGCCGACACUAUCAAUAGUGAGAUGGGGAUCCUUUGCAAUGCCCUCCAGAAGAUAAAAUAAAGAUUCGCUGUAACUUGCUAAUCGCUGGCUACUGACUAGAAGCUGCCAUGUGCAAAUACCAGUCUUCAUCUAGUCUCAGUCUAUUAUCUUCCUGUGUAUUGCAUGAAUGCUUAUGUUAUAUAUCUUAAUUACUAUAGAUUAGCGGAGAAAGAGACACCUACAGGUGACCCUUGACUCUUUUGGCCUUCAGACACUAAUCCAUUUUUUCUCACUAAUGCAAAAAAUCACCU